GCGCGCUACGCGCGACGAUCGCGGGAGACAGAGACGGAGCGUAGCUGAGCGCUGAACUUGAGACCGCGUCCCGGUCACGUCUCAAGUCCCUUUUACUUUCCUCAUUUCAUUAUCGAUCUCUAAACCGCGUAUUCUUACUUUCCACUCUCGGAUUACGUUGACGAUAAAAAAAGUGUAGCAAAUAUCUCUCCGAGUUGCGUGCGAGACUGCGCAAUAGAGAAACGUUCAACCGAAUCCAGCAUGUCCAUUUUACCGUUCACUCCGCCGAUCGUGAAGAGGCUCCUGGGCUGGAAGAAGGGAGAGCAGAACGGACAGGAGGAGAAAUGGUGCGAGAAGGCCGUCAAGAGUCUGGUGAAGAAGCUGAAGAAGACAGGACAGCUGGACGAGCUGGAGAAAGCCAUCACAACUCAGAGUGUCAACACCAAGUGUAUCACCAUACCGCGGUCGCUGGACGGUCGGUUGCAGGUAUCUCAUAGGAAGGGACUUCCUCAUGUGAUCUACUGUCGACUAUGGCGCUGGCCUGAUCUACAGUCUCACCAUGAGCUCAGAGCCAUUGAACUCUGUGAGUUUGCAUUUCACAUGAAAAAGGAUGAGGUGUGCGUCAAUCCCUACCACUACCAGCGCGUUGAGACGCCAGUUCUUCCUCCGGUCCUGGUUCCUCGGCACACUGAAAUCCCCAGUGAGUUUCCUCCACUGGAUGACUACAGUCACUCCAUCCCAGAAAACACCAUCUUCCCUGCUGGCAUCGAGCCCCAGAGCAACUACAUACCAGAGACGCCCCCUCCAGGUUACAUCAGUGAGGAUGGAGAGACCAGUGACCAUCAGAUGAACCGCAGCAUGGACACAGGUUCUCCAAACCUUUCACCGAACCCGGUGUCUCCUGCCCACAAUAAUUUAGAUCUCCAGCCAGUGACAUACUGCGAACCAGCGUUCUGGUGCUCUAUAUCAUAUUAUGAGCUGAACCAGAGAGUCGGUGAGACUUUCCAUGCCUCGCAGCCUUCUUUAACAGUGGACGGCUUCACAGACCCAUCCAACUCUGAACGCUUCUGCCUGGGCCUGCUGUCCAACGUUAACCGGAACGCUGCUGUGGAGCUCACGCGCAGACACAUCGGCCGGGGUGUGCGUUUGUACUACAUUGGUGGUGAGGUGUUUGCAGAGUGUCUAAGUGACAGCGCCAUCUUUGUUCAGAGUCCCAACUGUAACCAGCGUUACGGCUGGCAUCCUGCCACCGUCUGCAAGAUCCCACCAGGCUGUAAUCUGAAGAUCUUUAAUAAUCAGGAGUUUGCAGCUCUCUUGGCUCAGUCUGUGAAUCAGGGCUUCGAGGCGGUGUACCAGCUCACUCGCAUGUGCACCAUUCGCAUGAGCUUUGUGAAGGGCUGGGGAGCAGAGUACAGGCGGCAGACAGUGACUAGCACCCCCUGCUGGAUAGAACUGCACCUGAAUGGUCCUUUGCAGUGGCUGGACAAAGUGCUCACUCAGAUGGGAUCUCCUUCCAUCCGUUGCUCCAGUGUGUCAUAGGAAAAACUCUCUCUGUACAAACACAACAUGUACAAACCAAGAAAUCUGGAAACAAAGUUCCUUCAGGAAUCAAAGGCUGAAAGACAUUCAUACUCACCCACCGGUGGGUUCCACAGCCAUUUUCAGACUCGGUAGCACUUUUACAUUUGUCUCACUUUGGAGGAGCGUAUUGUCAAUGUGUAAAUACUUUUUUGUAAAAUUUGUCAUUUAUGAUAUAUUGUGUUUUAUAGCAUUAGUGUAAGUAAGAUCUCUCCGUCUUUUGUUAUGCUGUUAGGUACAUGUUUACUAUAACUGGGGUAUUAGAUGGACUUGGUUGAUUUCUAGAAACAUGAAAAAAGUGCUUUUUAUGUAAAGUGAAGAUAUGACGUUUUCAGAAUAUCAGUUAAACUAUUUUUGAUCCUCUUUUUGUUUUGGCACAAUAAUUGCCAACAUAUGGCACCUCAUAUGUUGUAUUAAGCAUAUCAAUGUGUGACGUGCUUGAUUCCCCAGUGUCAAACCUUUUUAAAGCUGAUUCACUGAUCACUCAGUCACUGAUUUUUUUUGGCAGUGUGUUCAAACACCGACAAAUCAAUUACUGUUGUUAAUCAUGUUUUCCUACCACAUGCAUGAUGCAUUCAGAAUCAUACUUUAGCUAUUAAAUAACACAUUUUUGCAAUUCACUGCACAGAAUAUAGCAAACUUUGUCUACAUAUGUACACAUCAUUUUUUAUGUGUUGGAUAUGCCUGAGUUACAUUUGUUGACACGCAAGUGGCUUUUGUCAUUGUUCAUGUGUCAAAGCAGGACCUACUGUAUGUUAAGCACGCAUGUUCUGAAAGGUUGUGUAAACAGCAUCAGCCGUCCCAUGACUGUUUGUCUUUGUACUGUCUGCUCAAAGUUGAAUUCAGUCUGCAGUGAAACUGCUGUCCACUGUGACGCUGGGUUUCUGUAUGUUUGAAGUGAUUGAAUAUUAAUGUGUUUGAGCUUUUUCCCUGUUGAUGCUCUGUUGUCUUGGGUGAGUGGUUGAGAAGUUGUUCAAGGUUUGGACAAAAUGUGACUUUUAGCUUUGGAAAAGAAAUCUUUGUUUUGGUGGAUUUACAAAAACCAUUAAUGGGCAUUACAUCAUUUUGUGUACUCCAAAAUUCACACUUUCUGGCAUUAUACAUUUUAUUCCUUGAUAUACGUUUAAAAAAUGACUUUGCAAAUACCCAGUAAUCUUUGUAUACGUUUGUGCAUAUGCAUGUCUGCAGGUUCUAAUGUUCUCCUCAUGUUCUCCUUAAGUUCUCCAGAAUAAUUCUGAAUGAGUGUGCCUUUGCAUCAAGAGUUUGUCGUCUGUAUAUAGUAUAUUAGAGACUUCUACACAGCCAGUUAUCCAUAUUGAUCAGUACAUGGGUUGUCCAGCGUUGGACUGCUCGGGGUUAAGAUCCGUUUUCAGCUGAACUUGUAAAUAUGUCUGAUAAAUUGAUAAUGCAUGCCUAUUUUCUGAAACUCAUGCCAUUUGUACUGUAGACUCUAUUUUGCUACCAAAUAUUUUUUCAGAAGCAGGAUGGGAAGCAAACACUCUUACCUCCGUGUUUGUAACCGCUGAAAGGGGGCGGUACUGCUGGCAGGUUCUUGUAUUUUUUAUACAUCAGAUUCUCAUAGGAUAUGGAGAAGGGCUUCGAGAAGGGAAAUGUUUAGCUACAAUGGGCUUUGUGAAAUUUGAUCUUUUGGUUAGUUCUGUUUGAUGUGUUUGCGAUGGGUUGCAAGCACUUGCAUGCCUUUUUGAAAUGGGGAGAGGUGUUCUGAUGUGUUAUUAAAAAGGAAUCAUGAAGUUCAGAAUUUAGCGUUUAGGUACCUCUUGUGUACUUGACAUUAGAUUUACGACAUGUUUGCAUACAGUAUAUGGCUAUACUGUUGUGUGAUAUAUAGACGCUCUGAGACUUUAAUAAAGUCAGUAUGUAUUACUAGGAUUCCUCAAAAUGUAUUUAUCAAAAUGUAUCUUUGUGUCAUCUGGCAAAGAAAAAGAGAUGGUACUGAUAUUAUUCAGGAAACAAUCUAUUGUCCAUGUAAGCAAACAUUUUACUGUUUUAUUUAAGAGGAAAAAUCCAAUUUCACUUUCUCAACAAAUUGUUGAAUAUAUUUUAAGUAAUGUGCAUUUAUUGUGCUUGUGUUAACCUCUCACGUGCUGUGACUUUCUGUGGCUUAGUGAUGAUUGUUGUGCUUGUCCCUUGUUAGAUUUCUUAUUUGUACAAAUAUAUAAUCAUUUCUCUUCAUCCUUAAAGUUUUGCCAGGAGAAAAUAAAAAUCAUUGUUUUGUUGAAUUUUUAAUAAAUAUAUCCA